AUGGAUUCAGGAAAGAAGCCAAUGACUCGUCGCAUCGUCGUCUCGUCCUUCAUCUUCAAGUUUCCUCCCGACAGCGGGCCCCAGGUUGCGCUGUUCCGACGGAGCGACAAGGUCCGGACAUACCAGCACCGUCUUGCUCCGGUCUCGGGCAGCGUAGAUAAGGACGACCCGUCCCCUUUGGACGCUGCAUGGCGUGAAAUCAACGAGGAAACGGGGUUGACGCCGGCCACGCUCACGCUUUUACGCAAAGGCAAAGAUUACCGCUUCGCUGAUGAAAGUAUCGGUCGCGAGUGGGUGAUUCAUCCCUUCGCCUUCCGCCUCAAGUCCCAUGAGGACGAGGCCCGGAUCAAGAUUGACUGGGAGCAUACGGGGUUUCAAUGGUUCGACCCACGGGAGGUCCGUGAUGUGGAUGAGUUCGGUGGCGUGCCGAAGCUUGCUGAGAGCCUUCGUCGGGUCUGGUUCGAGAUUGAGCUGGGCGAGAAGAGAGGCGAGAUUCUCAAUGACGGGCUCGUUGCGCUGCAGAGGGAUCAUGAAAGCGGAGCCAGGCAGUUGGCGGGGAAGGCUCUCGACGUGUUGGUGGAUGUCAUGGCAGAGGGAGAUGAGUCGCUGACGAAGUGGUGGCGGAAUACAAGGCUGGCGGCGUGGCAUCUAUGGAAGAAUGUACGGGAGAGUAUGGGCGCCGCCAUCUUGAACGUGAUUGUGAGAUCAUUGGCCAUCAUCGAGCAAGAGGUGAGGAGCGUUGAUGGCGAUGAAGUGUCGGGAGAGUUUCUGGAUACGGUUAAACAGAGGCUGAGGGAGUAUGCUGCAUCCAGAGAUGGCUCGGUGGACGGUAUAUGGAGGUCGUUUGAGGGUUUCUUGCGAGGGCGCCAUCAACCCGACCGACCCGUUCGGGUCCUCACGCUCUCUUCAAGCUCGACUAUCCUGGAAUGCCUCCAAAGAGCGAUUGCAGGGUUCGACUCCGAGUUCGACGUCAGGAUCCUGGAGUCACGGCCGCUAUUCGAAGGUGUGUCAAUGGCCUCGAGACUGGUCAGUCGUCUUCGGGAGUCGGGCGUCGAAAGGGAAAAGAAAGUUAACGUUUCGAUUUACACCGAUGCGGCGGCCGCCAUUGCCAGUGAGGGCGUCGAUCUCGUCCUCAUUGGUGCGGAUUUAAUAGACAAGGACGGGUCUACGAGCAAUAAGACGGGCUCAUUACCAGCUGUUCUCUCGGCAAGACAUUGUGCCCCCGACGCCAAGGUCCUGGUCCUCGCAGAAAACGAAAAGAUCCUUCCAUACGAGCCCCCAGGGCAUGAAGAGAAUGAUAUUGAAGAGGUUGUCGCGUCCUGGAGGCGGGAGGACUCCCUGCAAGAGGCCGCUUCGACGGUGCUGAGUUACUCUCGGGAGACCCCCGACAAAGGCCUCAAGGCAAGCGUGAGGAACGUCUACUUUGAAUGGGUUCCCGAGCGCCUCAUUGACGGCUACAUGUUCGAGGACGGACAGAAAAGUGCAAAGGAUAUAUCUGAACUUGCGGGUCGCAUUCGCUGCGAGGCAGAUGCCUUCUUCGCCGACGUCUAA